UGCCUCAUAGAAACCUCAUAGAAGACGAAGAAGAACGUCAUUUUGUAACACAGGUUCGGGGGGACACAACACCAAGGUACGAAGAACCACGUUAGCAGGAAAAACAUUGUUAUCAGGAUGCUGUCCUUGUCCCGGUUGGCUUUGGUCUGUGCUGCGGCUCGGGGCCCAGUUGCUGUCUGUCAAGGCAGAGUGACAUCCAUCACACGAUUCAACAGCACAACUGCUGAGGCACCACCAAAGAAGACAACAUUUGGACCACUGGCUGACCAGGAUAGAAUUUUCACCAACCUGUAUGGCCGACAUGACUGGAGGCUAAAGGGAGCUCAAAGUCGUGGUGACUGGUACAAGACCAAGGAGAUCCUGCUGAAGGGAGUGGACUGGAUCCUCAACGAGAUCAAAGUUUCAGGGCUGCGGGGGAGAGGUGGAGCAGGGUUCCCCACCGGCAUGAAGUGGGGCUUCAUGAACAAGCCCAGUGAUGGCAGACCAAAGUACCUGGUGGUGAAUGCUGAUGAAGGAGAGCCUGGCACCUGUAAGGACAGGGAGAUCAUGCGUAACGACCCCCAUAAGCUGGUGGAGGGCUGCCUGGUGGCCGGGAGGGCCAUGGGAGCCCGCGCUGCCUAUAUUUACAUCAGGGGAGAGUUCUACAAUGAGUCCUCCAACCUGCAGGUGGCCAUCAACGAGGCCUAUGCAGCUGGUCUGAUUGGGAAGAACUCCUGCGGCUCUGGCUACGACUUUGACGUGUUUGUGAUGCGUGGGGCUGGUGCCUACAUCUGUGGAGAGGAGACGGCACUCAUCGAGUCCCUUGAGGGCAAGCAGGGGAAGCCCCGCCUGAAGCCCCCAUUCCCUGCUGACGUUGGUGUGUUUGGUUGCCCAACAACUGUCGCCAACGUGGAAACGGUAGCCGUGGCGCCCACUAUUUGUCGCCGUGGCGGCACGUGGUUCCUAGGCUUUGGCAGAGAGAGGAAUUCAGGCACAAAGCUCUUCAACAUCUCAGGUCAUGUCAACACCCCCUGCACAGUGGAGGAGGAGAUGUCUGUUCCUCUCAAGGACCUCAUCGAGAGACACGCAGGUGGUGUGCGCGGUGGCUGGGACAAUCUGUUGUGUGUGAUCCCUGGAGGCUCUUCCACACCCCUCAUCCCCCGUUCAGUGUGUGACACCGUGCUGAUGGACUUUGACGGCCUGGUCCAGGCUCAGACUGGCCUCGGCACUGCCGCUCUCAUCGUCAUGGACAAAUCUACUGACGUCAUCAGAGCCAUCGCCCGCUUGAUUGAGUUCUACAAACACGAGAGCUGUGGCCAGUGCACCCCCUGCAGGGAGGGAGUGGACUGGAUGAACAAGAUGAUGUGGCGCUUUGUGAAGGGUGAUGCGCGGGCGGCUGAGAUUGACAUGAUCUGGGAAAUCAGCAAGCAGAUUGAGGGGCACACCAUCUGUGCCCUGGGUGAUGGAGCCGCGUGGCCCGUACAGGGAUUAAUCAGACACUUCAGGCCUAUCAUGGAGACCCGAAUUGCAGAGUUCCAGCAGAAGGACCAAGCCAGAGCUUAAAUCACUCCUUCGUCCCCUUCCUCUACCCUUCAUUCACAAAUUAUUUAAAUAAGAAUGCAUUUUUUUUUUGCCUUUGUCUGAAGUCCCCAAUAAAUCUGUAUGUAACUAAA